AUGGACCCAACUGAUCUUCAAAUUAUGUGGAUUUUGGUUGGAUUUCCUGAUGAAAUUAACUUUUAUAGCGUACAUACGCGGGAAUUAUAUAUAUUAGAGAUUGAGGAUCAAAAUAUUGCACUUGACAACAAAAAAAGUGUAUUAAUUAAUGUUCCAAAGGAGCUACCCAAAAACUCAAUAUUGGCUCUGUCAUUUGAAUAUCCUCUGUUUAGCGACAAUUUAGUAAUUCAGGAUGGUAAAAUUGAAUUAAGCAUAGACUAUAUUAUGUCUAAUUAUGAUGUUCAUACUGAAGAUUCGAAGUCAGAAAAUGAUGAAUCUGAAGAUGAUAAAUCUGAACAUGAAGAAUCCGACGAUGAAAAUCCCGAAUACAUAGUUAAAUAUCCUCUUCACUCAUGUGUUUUUAUUUCUGAUGAUGAGUUUAUAGAAGCUGACGUAUCAACUAGUGAGC